CAUUAAUUGACCACUUAUCUUUGUGUGUUAUAAGAGAUUUUAAAUGGUCCAUAGUGGUGAGGAAGGGUAAUCAAAAUGAAGUGCACCAAGAACGCAUCCGACAUAGUUACCUCCAAAUUUUGCAAUUGAGCCGCUAUAUCCCGCAUCUUCAUGAUGUGCUCUCGCACAUCCUUAACGGUUGUGAGACGGAGCGAGGAGAAUUUCACGAUUAAGUUACGACAUGGGUGAGUUUAUGGGUUUUGAAGGAGAUGAAUCCGGUUGUGAACGUCCGGCGACACAAGAUGAAGGUGAGCCCUGUACGAAAGACGUACGAGAUGGAGAGGAAAAGCUGAUUCUGGGCAUUGAUGAUGAAGAAGAUCCGGACAACACAAAUGUAGAUGGUGGUACACCAGACGUCCGUGUAGAAGUUGGGAUGUUGUUUCCGGGAAAAGAUGAUGCAUAUGAUCACUAUAAGAAUUAUGCAAAACGUAUAGGUUUUCCCAUUAGAAUCAGGAGCUCAACGAAAGACAAACAAGGAAACAUAACAUGAAUGUUACACGAAUGUGGCCGUGCUGGAAAAAGAGUUUCAAAGUCCACAAAUUCUUUGUUGCCUGGAGCUACUAGUGCAAUAGGUUGCAAAGCCUGAAUCAAAGUGAUGUAUGACUAUGCCGGGUCAUGGGUAAUUUCGAAAGUGCAUGAAGAGCAUAACCACCCCAUGAGUCCAACCAAAACUAGAGCUUUACGUUGUAACAGGAGAUUGACUAUGAACAUGAGGAGAAAAAUUGAAAUAAAUAUUGUUGCUGGA